CAAAACAAACUUUACCAGGGCAUGCCGUGGGAAAAACAUACACAGUAGCUUUCAGUUCAGUCCCACCUAUUCAAAUUUGCGCUAUACUAAUUACAAUAUCUUUAGGAAGUCAUGGAAAUGGGGGAGUCUGUGCCUGUUGCGAUUCCUAGUCAAAAACAAAAGAAGAAACAACCCUUUACAAAACAAAAACGAUGGACUGAUGGGGACAAUAAUCCAUGUUUAACUGAAGCAAAUGCAUCAUACCAGUGCCUUCAUGAUUAUAAUUUUGACAGGGAGCGAUGUAAAGGAUACUUUGCUAACUACAAAAACUGCAAGAACUUUUGGGGCAAGAUCAUGAAGCAGCGAAGGAAAGAUGGAAUUACUCCAGUGCUUCCCGGUCCAGAAGAGAGGGAGAAAAUAUUAGGAGGUCUUACAUCAUGAUACACAGUACACACAGAGCAGAAGCCACACAGACAGUAUUCCUAAAGAUGAAUUGAUAAUAUUUGAAUUGCUCUUUGCAAUUGAAGGCAAGAUGAGAUAUUUUCUUCUGAAUUUGAGAAAAUUUGCAUUGAAACUGUAAAUGCAACACAACAUGAAUACUACAUGUGCCUAGGAACAAUUUAUGGUUUUCUGUACGGAUGAAACCCAAUGAAAAUUGAGGUAAAGCUGUGUGCUUGGAUUUUAUAUGUGGUAUGUUGGACGAUCGAUCAAAGGACGUGGGUUAUAGUUUAUACACAAGGAGAACUGCAGGUCAGGAAUCCUAGAUCUUUUCUACCUGUACUCUUGGCGAAGGACACAUAUUUUUUUGUCUUAAAAUCAUGAAUGGUGCAAAUGGUUUGAAUGGUUAUCAGUAUGAAAGAACACUGAAAAUCACAAUAAGAAAAUUACCAUAUCCCAUUUUUCAGAUUCACAGCUCAGUUGCAAUUUGAUCCUUUGCUGAAUUGUCUGAUCUCCUAUUUGCCUAAAGUUUCAAAUUGGUCAGAAAACAAAUUUGUCUGUUCUCCAUAUUAAGAUGUAAUCAUGAUUUCAUUUAAUGUGUCAGUCUAAUUUGUUGCCUAAUGCCCAUUUCAGCUGAUAUCCAUUAAGUGUAAUCAUCAUUUGUAACCAUCAUGUGUAUUUGAGCAAAUAUCCAAUACAAUUUUACUGGCCACUGAGGGAUUUGUCAGAGGACUUUGUAUAACAUAUGAAGACCAAAUAUGCAGUAGACAAAAUAAUCUUGUUGCCCAACUAAACAUUAGACUGGCUGAUAAUUACUGGUAGGCUGGAAAUUGAACAAACUGAUGAUUAAUCAAAUGGAUAUUAGAUGAACUGGGUGUGGACAAAAUAAUAUUUAGCCGCUUUGGUGGUAGACAAAAGAGGUACAGACAGAACAUGAAGAUUGCUGUUGUUGUUGGUUUUUAUGGCAUUUUUCCAUCAUCAUUGGAUGACUUUUGCCAGGCAAUGUGAGAGGGCGUAGUUCUGGUCCUCUCUGGAUACUAUAUGAAUAGUGGAGUUGGAUACUUUAUGAAAUGGCAUUAGACCAAAUGGCAAAACUACUUUGAUGAGUCAAGUUGUAGAUUUUUUUCUCAUUUGAUUAUAAACAGAGAUUGAGGUUCAAUACAGUAUCGACAUCUUCAGAUGAUAACUGAAUGGUAGUCUUGAGUACUGAUAAUGUAAGAAAAUAAAUUCUUACAUAUUUAACAAGAAUCCUGCUCUUCACACGAAACUAAAAUGUACCCAUUGGUUUCAGUAGAAAAGUAUGAUUUAUGGGAUAAUUCUGAGUAACGGAUGGUACAAUUUGAGUUACAAGUCAUACUGUUACACCCUAAAUGUUUGACGACAUCCGUUUUCUUUGCAAAUAGGUUUUGUGAGCUUCCAAGUCUGUUGUGGUAGAUUUGAUAUAAUGGGAUAUAUGUAGUUUCUAUGUGCAGGAGGUCAUUAUUCGCAGACACCUGAUUUGGUAAAUGUUAAACCUUAAUGGAUGUAAAAUUCUUGUACACGUACAGCUAACUGGAUAUCCCAGCAAGAAAUACCCCCCCCCCCCCCCCCAGACAGACUUUGGGUGGGGGAAAUGUAAGAUGAUGCCUUUUCCUUCCAAGGCGAUUUGAGACGGGAGCAGUGAUUUAUUCAUAAGGCAUGUGGGCCAUGAAAGUGAAGGCCACUCCCUGUGAUUGAUUACAUCUGUUAUUGGGUAAAAAACAAAUUCCCCAAGCUCAUGUGUCUUUAAUCAUAUCAAGGCACGAAAUGUUCACAAAUAACGAGUCUUCAUGAAAUUGACAUUCAUGCACACACAAUUCUCUGACUACAGAAGUCCCAACAACAUAAUAUGUGCAAAGUGUGAUAGAUAUAUAUUGAUACAACGGACUGGUUACACAAGACACAAAGUUUCUAUUUUACAAUGCAUAAUUUCAAAGAUUUUAUUAAGAGAAUAAUUAUAUUGCUCAUUCAAUUGCAUAGAGUAUAAAUAUUCAUGAUAUAUACUAUGUAUAUUAAAAACCUUGUGCUAUAAACAAGAAA